AUGCAAUUUGCUCAUACAAAAACACAAACAACAAAGCCUAAACGAAGUAAUUCAAUGCUAAUUCACGAUGAUGAAGAUUUCGAUAUAUCUUUGUCAUCGAUGUCAAUCGGUUUAAGUUCGAAACUUCGUACACAUCUAUCGGCUCGAAAUUGUUGUGAUUGUCGUCUUGUUUACACAUGUAAUGGUUUAUCAUCAGCUGUUCUAUGCCAUCGGCUUGUUCUAAGUGCAUCAUCAGUCUAUUUUCGUUUAUUUUUCAAAUACAAUCAACCUCAAUCAGCCUAUGAUUCAAGUCAACAAUGUUAUUUAAAUGAAUAUCAUUGUACAUUUAAUUUUACAGAAAAAACUCUGUUGACUUGUAUCGAUUUAUUGUAUGCCGAUGAAAAUUUACAACAAUGUCCACAAAAUUUAUUAUUCUACGAUGAUUUAUUAAAUGGAAUGAUGUUUCUCGGUUUGCCGGAUGAAUAUUUUAUUAAAAUUUUAAUAUUAUUACGUACGAAAUUAUUAUCGUUAACAGGUGACGUGGAAAAACGUCAUUUGAUAGCGUCAGUAGCAAAAUCACAAUUGAAUGAUAAAUUUCGAAAAGCAUUUCUUGCCCGUUCACUUUGUUUAAUUAACGAUCGGAGUGAAUUUAAUUGUGGAAUUAAACAUAUCUACAUAGAUAGUCGAUCGUAUUAUGAUUCAAAUCGACACACAAUUGUAUUGAAUGGCAGUGGAGAUAAUCGAUUGACAUAUAAAGGAAUAAUAUUUCAAGCUAAUGCACAAUUUUCAACAGAUUGCGCAUCGUUUUGGUUUACGUGUCAGCGUGCUUUUCGCUCGUUUAAUGUAUUACGUGCCCGACUAGCAACACUUUAUGUAUAUGAUGGCAUAAGUCAAACAAUAGUCGAACGUAUACCCAAUCCGGAUUGUAAACAAAUGGGUUAUCAAUUGAGAUUGCCACGAGGAAAAUUAGUUUUGAGUAAUUUUCUUAUGAAUUGUUAUCAAGUUGUUGUUAAGCAAACAUUUCCAUUAAGUGAACAUGUUGCAUUUAAUUUUGUUAUUGAAUUAAUUCGAGAUUAA